AUGAUAGGAGGGGUGAUAGCUAGCGAAAAUGAAUUUCCCCACAUGGCAGCCCUGGGUUUCUUGUCAAACGGCGAACUUAGUUGGGACUGUGGAGCGACGAUAAUCUCUUUCAAUUUCCUCCUCACAGCCGCUCAUUGUUUCUGUCGAAAUGUGGUGCCCUCAGUAGCUCGCUUGGGAGUUACCUCGUUGGACGACUCCUCUGCUUUGGAUGUCGAUAUCAAAAAAGCCACUCUCUAUCCUUCAUACAACAUUACUACGAAGCAUCACGAUAUUGCCAUCGUAGAAAUUGCCAGAAGAGUUUCUUUUUCCGACAGAAUCCAGCCGGCUACUUUAUAUGCAGGCCAGGACGACCCUCAAGGACUCACAAUCGCCGGUUGGGGAGUGUCAGAACAAGGAAGAAGUACACGACUUCGGAAAGCCAAAAUCCUCUCUGUGCCUGUGAGUGCAUGCGAUACCAUUUACGGAAUUUUGAUGUUUGGGAAGAAAUCGAUCGUGUCUAGCCAGAUUUGCGCUGGAGGAGGUGCUAAAGACGCGUGUUGGGGUGAUUCUGGAGGACCUUUGUUCAUUCAGCAGGAUUCAGGGGUGUUUUCGGUAGUGGGAGUUGUGUCUUUCGGGAUUGGAUGCGGGGGCAACGUCCCUACCGUUUAUACUAGGGUUUCUAAGUAUUUGGAUUGGAUCCAUGGGAUAGUUCUUAGAGAAUAA